AUGCUAGCUUCAUCUUAUAUGAAGCCGUCGGCGCCUUCGAUUGGCCUGCUCCGUUUCCUACGGUCCCAGUCCGAUCUGGUCCUUUUCUUCACAACAAACCCGACAACCAAGACCGGCAAUUCGCGCGUCGCAAGCGAGAGACGAUGGGAGAAUCGCAGGACCAAACACUUCAGCUGGACCGCUCUUCGUCCGGCUUCAUGUAAAGCGCAGCUCGAAUCUUCACUGUUUCCGCUACAGCGUGGUCUGAAACAUUCGAACGCGAACCGGAACUCGUCACAGCUGAUGCGUUUCCCAACCGUGCCUUCAUUGUCGAGAAAUCACCCCGCUCCCUGCUUUUCUGCCUCGCGAUCUGCCUCGACAGAAACCCGCAAAUGGUGGCGCCGAUGGUAUGCCAAUAGGCAAUCAUAUUUGAGAUGGGUCUUGGCGAGAUCCCCUCCGGUCACAACAUUCACGGACGAAGGUGCGGAAGGGAAUCUCUUCAAUUUGGGACGAACCCUUGCUGCAAAGACACUAAAUGAGCCUCGACUGCGCUGCACCGAGUUUGAUGAAAAUGGCAAUGUCACCCUGGUGAAUGGAGAGUUUCGGAAGAGUGAGCUCAUCGCAAAGUACGGACUUUUGACACGAGAUCUGCGGAAAAUCGAUUCCUCGGUACUUCCUCACAUCCUUGUCCGACCGAGCGCAAUCCUCAUCUCCCUUCUACAUCUCCGUGUCUUGAUCAAGUCUGAUCGUGUUCUCGUCUUCGAUGCGUACGGUUCGUCAAAUUCAUAUACACAAUCGGUGUUUAUGUACGAUCUAGAGGGGAAAUUAAGACAGCGCCAACCUCAAGGAGCCGGGACGUUGCCGUACGAGCUACGUGCCCUAGAGGCAGUUUUGAUAAGCGUGACUAGUGCCUUGGAAAGCGAAUUCGAAGGUGUUCGCGAACCUGUGGUACGAGUCUUGCGCGCUCUAGAGGAAGACAUUGACCGGGAUAAAUUAAGACAUUUGCUUGUGUAUUCGAAGAAGCUGGGUAGUUUCGAGCAAAAGGCCCGUCUUGUGAGAGAUGCAAUUGAUGAUAUAUUGGAAGCGGAUGACGACCUUGCGGCCAUGUAUCUGAGUGAACGCGCGCGCGGGGAACUCCGAGAGGAAACCGAUCACCAGGAGGUCGAGAUGCUGCUUGAAUCGUAUCACAAGGUCUGCGAUGAAAUUGUCCAAGCCAGUGGAAACUUGGUCACGGCCAUCCGCAAUACAGAAGAAGUGGUCAAGGCGAUUCUAGAUGCGAAUCGCAAUUCGCUGAUGCUUUUAGACUUGAAAUUUAGCAUUGGAACACUCGGACUUGCAGCAGGCACUCUCGUCUCAGCCCUGUACGGGAUGAACUUGAAGAACUUUAUUGAAGAGUCCGACCUUGGCUUUGGAGCAGUCUCUGCGAUCUGCUUCCUCUUCACUAUCGUUGUGAGUCUAUACGGUCUCGCAAAACUACGCAAACUGCAACGGGUUAGGAUGUGGGGAGAAGGCAUGGAUUCUGCCGGUAUCGGUCCGCUUGGGAAUCGCGGUCUAUUGCCUGGCAAUCGAGGCAACUGGCGCUCUGAUGCAAUGGAGCCUAUGCUGGCUGGUCUCCCCGGCGAGGCACGGUCAGAUCGACUAAAACGACUCAGAGAGGCGGUUAAUCCUGCUGCAUCCAAGGCUUCUGGCUCUGCCGAAGCAGCUCGCCGUUCAGCGGCCGCACGAAGUCUCCGCGAGAAAUCAGGUGCCCAGUCUGAAAAGAAGGCUAAUGAUAACACCGAACAGGCCGCUCCCAAGCCUGACGCGCCAGUCGAUAAGAGUGAGACAUGA